AUAUCAGGAUGGUUUGUACGAGGUUAGAGCCCUAUAGUGAGAAGUGAAAACUAGGAAUUGAAGCGCAAACACGGAUUUCCUGUGGGAUAAACGCACAGGCCUGGCUGAUAUAACGUGCGUACUCAGCCCCCUCCUGUACUCCCUGUUGACCCAUGACUCCGUGGCCAUGGCACGCCUCCAACUCAGUUAUCAAGUUUGCAGACGACACAACAGUGGUAGAACCUGAUUACCAACAAUGACAAGACAGCCUACAGGGAGGAGGAGAAGGCCCUGGCAUAGUGGUGCCAGGAAAAUAACUUCUCCCUCAACGUCAACAAAAGCUGAUCGUGGACUUCAGGAGACAGAAGAGGGAGUACGCCCCUAUCCACAUCAACAGGACCGCAAUGGAGAAGUUGAAAAGCUUCAAGUUCCUCAGCGUACACGUCACUGACAAUCUGAAAUGCACCCACACAGACAGUGUGGUGAAUAAGGCACAACAGCGCCUCUUCAACCUCAGGAGGCUGAAGAUAUUCAGAAGAAAUACUACUGCACUGUUGGUGCUAGGGACACAAGCAUUUUACAGAUGCACAAUUGAUAGCAUCCUAUCAGGCUGUAUCACUGCCUGCUACAGCAACUGAAAUGCCUUCAACCACAGGGCUCUCCAGAGGGUGGUGCGGUCUGCUCAACGCAUCACUGGGGGCACACUGCCUGUCCUCCAGGACACCUACAGCACCCGAUGUCACAGGAAGGCCAAAAAGAUCAAGGUCAUCAACCACCCAACCACGGCCUGUUCACCCCUCUAUCAUCCACAAGAUGCCACACUCGAGACGGUACCCGUCCUCAGAAAGGGCCAGCCGGAGCAGCUAUCAAGACCGGGACAGAGACAGAGGACGCAAGCAGAGGCACCGCAGAUCGCCCUCUUUUUCCUCUAGCAGUGACCGGGAGAGGGAUCGGGACAGAGACAGAAGGGGACGGGGAAACCGACAGGAGGGAAGCUACGCUCGCUCCAGGAGCUACGAUAAUCGCUCGGCAGACCGCAGGCCAUACGACCGGCGCUACUGUGAGGGCUACCGCCGCCUGGACCAGAGCCACGAACGAGACCGCGGAAACCGGGAAAGGGAACAUGGAGGUGCACCAGCAGCAGCCGACGGCGGUUACUACGCACGUGACUUCUCACCGAGCAUGUGCGACUACCGGAGGGGACGCGAGAGGGAACGGGAGGAGUCGUACCGAAGGAAGGGCAGCAGGCGUAAGCACAAACGAAGGCGGCGUAGAACCAGGUCCUAUAGCCCAUCCUCCUCGGUGAGUACAGCCCGGCCCGAGCUUGUCCUUUAACCCUCCCGCUCCUUUCUAUCUUUCUCUUCUCCUCGUGUCUUUCUGUCUCUCUACUUCUCUAUUACCUUCUCUUGUCCACAGCUCCUGGACUUGGUAAGUAGUACAAUCUUUUGUUUUGUUUUUGUCAGCAGGAUUUGAGUAGCUGUUUUGUCUUAGUUAAAUCCAGAUUUACCUUCUACAGUCUUCUCAUAAAAUGAGUUGUGUAGUGAGACAUUGACUGUUUUUGGACCCACGUGGAUAAAGCAUCAUCCACAUUCUCGCCUUCUGCGUUAAGUAGACAUAAAUGAGAGAGAGGACCAUAGGCUGGCAUGUAUCUAUGUAUCACUGAUGAUUUUAAUCUUGAACUAUCUUUUGCUUGAUUGCCUUACCAUCCUCUCAUUUUAUUUGUUUUCUUGGGAAGUACUCUGCUUCGUUUUAAGUGGGCAAUAUCAUAGUUUGAUGUAGAUAUUUUUGGUAUUUUCUGAAUUGGCUUUUUGUUGGAUGAAUGGAUGGAUAUGCAGGUUGCUUCCUUAUUUGUAAUAGCACGGGUUAAAAGGUAGGGGGGAGAGAAGCAGAGGACAAAAUGUGAUCUUUGACUUGUUCCCUUGCACUAUAUCCCUAUCGUUAUAUAUUUCCUCACGUGGUGUCAUACGAAUCGCCCUAUGACCACCACACCCACCUACAACCACUACGUCAACUACAACAUCACCCUCCUCCUCCCUCCUCUACCUGUGCCGCCUUCCAUCGCCGUGGCUACGGCUGCCCCCGAAAACCCCCUGUCCCCUGUCGGUCGUGUCGUGACCUGCUAAUGCUGUGGGGGCUGCAAACAGCGGAGUGACAGCCGGACGCGGGCACUGAGUGUGAGGGACGACGAGGAAGGGCACCUGAUCUGUCGGAGUGGGGACGUCCUGCAAGAGAGAUGUACUCACUGCCACUACUCUAUCGUAACCCUUCUCCAUAUGAGUAUUUAAAACCAUAGAGCAUUCACUGACAGGGGAGUGCCUGAUGAUGAUGCCAUGGUAGAAUGCUGUUCGCUCUAGCUCAAAAAGCAGGGUGGAUAGCACGCACAUUUUUUUUGAGGAUAUCGGUUUUAGAUAAAUACUGCUCGUUGUGUUGAGGCUAUCUAGCUGUGGUUUUAUAUCAGAGAUAUUAGAGUUUUCCCCUAACACAACAUUUCCUCAACUUCUUAAUUGUCUCUUGCGUUUUAGUUUAAAGUCCAGGUCUAAAACAAAUAUUUUUUUUGUAAUACAUUAAGUGGGAAAAGCAAUUAGGAACGUUUGUUUUGAAUAGUUUUGCAACCCCUCAUAUCUAGCCCUUUCCUUCAAAACUAACAUGAGGCCUACCUAGUAAACAUCCAUAUGGCCUUGUCUGCGGUGUUGCAUUUUUGACCUUUGACAGUGUUGCAUCUUUUUAAUGCUACACUUUAUAGAAGUCUUUGUAGUGGUAAAUUAAGAGCAUGAUUUGUAUGCUUAAAAAAAGCACAGUUAUUAUGAUCCAUGAUCUCAUAACACCCACCCACUUAACAUAUAGUCUUACCAUUUUCCAGCUCGUAUCCCUGGCAUGACUUGUAUGUUCUUCCAGUUUGAAACCAAAUUUAUUUGCUUAGUCUGCACAUUUACACUUAUUUCAGAAGUUUUGCUUGAGUGGGUUUUUCAAUUACAUAGGUUAACCAGUAACCCCCCCCCCCCACCAAAACAUCUGUAGGAAUAUACUUUUGGUUUUCUUUCCUAUAGGCUGCUGGGGGGCACUCAAACAUUUUCCCAUAAUUUGUUCUGGUAGUGUGUGGACCCCAAUUAUCAUAGGUUAUCUAGGACCGUGUAAAAGUAAACAUUCCUUUUGGCAUCCCAUUUGUCCACAACCUGAAAAGGGGGAUGGGUGCUAGUAUUGAAACGCCUGUCACUUUUUUUUGCCUUGAUGUCCCUGCUCCGGUCCACAUGUCUAAUUCUUCUCUUCCCUUCUUUCCCACUCUCUUUCCCCGUCUCUCUGUCUGUCUUCCAGAUGAGAUUGUCAGCACCCUGGGGGAAGGCACCUUUGGGAGGGUGAUGCAAUGUAUUGACCAUCGUCGGGGAGGGGCCGCUGUUGCUCUAAAGAUCAUAAAAAAUGUGGAGAAAUACAAGGAAGCAGCUCGUCUGGAGAUCAAUGUGCUGGAGAGAAUCAAUGAGAAAGAUCCGGAAAACAAACACCUGUGUGUCCAGAUGUAUGACUGGUUCGACUACCACGGCCACAUGUGUAUCUCCUUCGAGCUGCUGGCCCUCAGCACCUUCGACUUCCUCAAGGAGAACAACUACCUGCCCUAUUCCAUCGCCCAGGUCCGACACAUGGCCUACCAGCUAUGCCUGUCCGUCAAGUUUCUUCAUGAUACCAAGUUGACGCACACAGACCUGAAGCCAGAAAACAUCCUGUUUGUCAAUUCCGACUUCACUAUGACCUAUAAUGUAGAGAAGAAGCGCGACGAGCGGACAGUGAAGAGCACGGACGUACGGGUGGUGGACUUUGGUAGCGCCACAUUUGACCACGAGCACCACAGCACCAUCGUCUCCACACGGCACUACCGCGCCCCGGAAGUCAUACUAGAGCUGGGCUGGAGCCAGCCGUGUGAUGUGUGGAGCAUCGGUUGCAUCCUGUUCGAGUACUACCUGGGCUUCACCUUGUUCCAGACUCAUGAUAACAGGGAGCAUCUGGCCAUGAUGGAGAGAAUACUGGGGCCGGUGCCCUCCAGGAUGAUACGCAAGACAAGGAAGCAGAAAUAUUUUUACCGUGGCCGUCUGGACUGGGACGAGAGCUCGUCAGCUGGGAGAUACGUGAGGGAGAACUGCAAACCCUUACGGAGGUACCUGUUGUCGGAAGCCGAGGAGCACCAUCGGUUGUUUGACCUGAUUGAGAGCAUGCUGGAAUACGAGCCCGCUAAGCGCCUGGCCCUGACAGACUCCCUCAGACACCCUUUCUUCGAAUCGGUGACAGCAGGCGAUGCGGUGGGGGGGAAGAGCUGGGAGGGUAACCGCGACAUCAGCCGGUGACCCGGGACCUCCACAGACUCUUAACGAUAGAGCGAUUUUUCAGGUGGAGCAGACCGAUACGACCACUUAAGGCGGUACGGCCAAAUUUGAUGGACCUUAUCAGUCUGUCUGAAAUCCCUUGGCCAUUCAUCACAGCAUGGACCCGUUUCCUCCUGCUUACUGUACUGCCCCACCCAUCUCCACAAUUAGGAGAGAGGCUCAUGCUGGCAGCUAGAAAACCAGAAGGACUUCAGAAAAAGACAGCCCUCCUUUUAGUCCUCUCGGCUUCUGCUCCAACAUAUGACCAAGAGGGGAGUUUUUAGCCCAACCUUAGAUUACCCAGCUACAGUCUUCCGCAUGUAAAGGAAAGGGCCGGCCUCGUGUAGUGGAACACUAGUGAGAGCAAGAGAAGCCUUGCUCUGAAAGCCAAUAUCGUGACCUCUUCAUUUGAGGUGAAACGCUUGGAGAAGAGGGGCACUGUCUUGUAUUUAUUUGGAAACUCAGCUAUCAAUCUUGGCUAAUGUUAGCCAAUCGACUGGCACGUUUCGUCAAUGAGUGAUUGUCACUCCACAUUUAUUGCUUAUAUAGGCCUCUCCUAUUGAUAUAAUAUAUCUACUGUAUCUCUGUUACGUUAUGCAAUGCUUCUGAGGAGAGGGAUUGAUGCCAUAUUAAUGUAAUAAUAGUAUUCACAACUGGACAUGUUUUCUCAGCUGGUCUUCAUCUAGUCUGGGGAAAUGACAGACACUCACAAAUACAGACCCCAUACAACACAAACUGCAAACUGCCUUUUACGUGUGUGAUAGUAUCAGGCCUGUGGUCUGAGAUGAAGCACACACGGGGUCAUAAUAGUAAUGUAUGGAACCCCAAUGCCACAGGCACACAGCAGCACACGGUUUACAGUAUUUAUUAUGAGAUGCUUACCGCUGUUCAUCUCCUCCCUGUACAUUUAUUUUUUUGUAUAAGAUUUAAAUGUAUAAAACUAUGUAUGAUUGUCGAAUUAAAGUUAAGUCCUCCUUUGCCAAGGCUUGUAGCGCCGUUGGUUGAGUUAUGGGGAGGCGUUUUUCUCUUAAA